AUGCCAAAUAAUAAGGGCGAAGACGUGUUUUCUGAUGAAUGCUCCCUGUUGCAGCCUGGCGGUGAAAAACGGCGAGGAGCGGCCAAAAGCGCCAGAGGUGCCUGGCAACGGAGAACCUCUGCCGUCCCUCGAGGAGAUUCGAAGCUGGGGAAAGUCUUUCGACAUGCUGAUGCGAAGUGCAGGUGGGUAUUGCUCAAAGCCUAA